AUGGACCAGCUUCUGACGUCUCUCGUCUACGGAGGGGCUCUUUCCCUCCUUGCCGUGGCCUUGGUGAAAGGGGUAAAACAGGCCUCUCGUCCUCCCACUCCACCGGGACCCAAAAGAUACCCGCUUAUUGGAAACAUCCUCGAUCUUCCGAGCAAGAGGGGAUGGGUACACUAUCAGGCAAUGGCUGAGAAGUACGGUGACAUUAUCUACCUCGAGGUGUUCGGGCAGCCAAUUCUCAUCUUAUCAUCCAUGAAGAGAGUCCACGACCUCUUCGAGAAACGGUCGAGCAACUACUCUGAUAGGCCUCAGCCUACCAUGUUAUGCGAAUUGAUGAAUUACCGUCACCUGCUCAGCGUGAUGCCCUACGGAGACGAAUGGAAACUCCAGCGGAAGGUCUUCCACCAACAUUUCCAGCCUAAUAAUCCCUCGCUGUGGCACCCCAUCAUCGUCAAACAAACCCGAAACUACCUCAAGGGUCUCUCGAGGUCACCGGAAGAAUGGGCUACCCACGCAAAACAACUAUUCAGCGCCAUAAUCGUCGAGAUCACAUACGGCGUCGAGACCGAGUCUCCAGAGGACCCAUUCAUCAGCACUAUGACAGAGGUCGCGAACGGGUUCGGCGAGGCGUGUCUGCCUGGGCGCUUCCUGGUCGAUACUAUCCCCAUCCUGAAAUACGUACCAAGCUGGUUCCCAGGUGCUGGAUUCCAGAAGUUUGCUGCGUACUACAAGGCGAUGGAAGAAAGGUCGAGGUAUGAGCCGUUCGAACAUGUCCUCGAAACCAUGAGAAACGGGGCUUCCUCCCCUUGCAUGGUUACGUCCAUGGUCGAGGACUUGCCGGAAGAAGGGGAUCCAUCGCGAGCAAAAGCGGAAGAUGUUGCUCGAAGCGUAGCUGCUGUGACACAUGGAGCUGACACAAUCCCUCAGACCCUGGGAUCCGCUCUCGCAUUCUUCGUCCUCGUCGCACUCCACCCAGAGGUGCAGAGAAAAGCACAGCAAGAGCUCGACGAAGUCGUAGGCUUCGGCAGGGUGCCCGACUUCUCUGACCGUGAACGGCUGGUCUAUACGACAGCAAUCGCCAAGGAAGUCUCUAGAUACCACCAAACCAUGCCUAUGGGCUUUCCCCAUUCAACAACCCAUGAUGACAUUUAUGACGGUUAUUUCAUUCCCAAGGGCACGAUUGUCAUGGGCAAUGCAUGGCAUAUAAUGCACGACCCAGAAUUAUUCGAAGACCCGAUGUCGUUCAAACCAGAACGGUAUAUCAAGAACGGCCGAAUUGACCCCACAGUUCUCGACCCAAACGACGCUGCAUUUGGGUUCGGUCGAAGAAUAUGCCCUGGACGUUUCGUUAGCGGGGAUUCACUAUUCUUGAUGAUUGCCUCCACCUUGGCCUACUUUGAUGUUGUCCCGCCUACAGAUGAGACUGGCAGGCCGACGAUCAAAUACGAGCAGUCUGACCGUAGUAUGUCGGAGAUCGAAUGGCAAAGAUCUAUCGUCGUGAAGAGGGGUGGUGGUGGUGGUGGAGGAAUAUCGCCGGUAGCGUAA